GGAAGAAUGGAUCUGAUUCGCAUACUAGUGCUUCUCAUGCUAAAGGGGCUGUGAUGGCGCUCCGUCCAGGUGAUGGCGGUAACGGACUGUUCAACUACCAGAAAACUUUAAAAGAAGAAGUGUAGACGUGUCACAUAAUACUGUUGACGGCAGAGUUUAUGCUGAGAUGAGUGAUCAGUUUAUUAAACCAGGCAAUCAGGAGCGCGGAUGGAAUGAUCCACCACAGUUUUCAUACAGCUUUCAGAAGGAUUCAUGUGGACUCAAGCAGAAAUGUAUUCUCAACAAGAGGGUGCACUCACCACAACUUGCAGGUUCUGCAUCAGAGGUGCCGUCCGCAACAGCUGACAGGCUAACACCACCCAGGGACAUAAAACCUCCUCCUAUACAAGGGACCACCCCAACUUCAGUAAAUUCAAAUCUCUCAGAUCAAACUGUGACUACAGAAGGUGAACCCUGCAUUGAAGAUGUUCAAGCGUCACUUUAUUCAGUGUUGAGUGCAUGCAGACAUACUGUGAAGAAACAGAUUUGUGAUGAUGUAGAAAGACGUCUAAAGCUUUUUGAGGACAUGUGGAAAAAUGGAAAGCUCUCCUCUUCUGUUAAACAUAGAAUGUAUGCAUUGUCCCAAGACCUAAAAAGGAAAAACUGGGAUGCAGCUGAUGAGAUCCACAGAGGUCUAAUGGUUGACCAUGUCUCUGAAGUCAGUCAGUGGAUGGUGGGAGUCAAACGUCUUAUUGCUGAAGCUCGUAGCCUGAACACAAUGCAGUCUGCUCAAUCAGAUCAGAAUCAACUUGAUAACCCCACUGAUCCAGGGCUAUGAGCACUUGUUAUGGCAUUCGUUCUGUUUUUGAAAACCUGUUUAUUAUUGGAUGAGAAAGGUGAUUUUGUGAUAUCUUGGAUGACGUUUUGGAAGUUUUGCAUUCCAACUUAAAUCAUGUACUGUUACUAUUUCUUUUGGGAAAUUGUUUUUCAUUCUAAAUUGUUAGCUAUUUCAAUUUUUUCUUUAAAAAAGUCUACUGUUUACUAUAUCUAGCCACAAAUUCUUGAGAAACUGCCUUUCGAAGUUAUUUAUAAGUACUAAUUCCAUUUAUAAUGAAUUAUUAUAUGAAUCAUCAUAAUAUUAUUAUGAUUUGAUCCCAUUCAAGGUAUUUGUAAAUUAAUAGCCCAGCGCAGGUUAUUAAUUCAAAUUGCACAGCCUGAGCUUACAAUUUAGCUGUGCCGGAUUGUGCAAUGAAUCUUACGGAUAUUUAUCUCUGCAUAUCAUAAUAAAGAUUUUAGAGUU